GAAUGAUGUGAGGCUCAUCGUAUUUUUUAUUCCUAGUCUGGUGUUGUUAAGGAUCUGCGCUCAGAAUGAAUACCGGCCGGCUAGAAUCUACAGCAUAUCCAACCUUGCAAGUCCCUUCCAUGCACCAUUUAGCCACGUUUCCUGUUAAUCCAGCUGUCUCGACCUCUCAUGAACACUCAAAAUAUGAGCCAUCUGCGGUCCAUGAGCAUAAAGGGCAGAUCUACGUCCAGAAAGCGCACCGGCCAACCACCUGGAAAACACCAAUGGACAACAUGCGAGCCCCCAGCCUGGCCGCCAAAUCCCUCGAUCUGCAAACGAGAGAGAUAUUCAACACGCUUGUCUCGACAAUUCUCUUCCCCGCCACCUACGCAGCCUUUUACAAACGGGUCGACCAAGACAUCAUCGCAUUCGUCCGCGACGACCGGCGCGCACAAUGCCCGAACAUCGAAUGGCUGGUGCGAUGCUAUGCAACGUGGUAUUUCGCAAAGAAGCAUAACGAUGAAGAAAAACUAGCCGAGAGUCGGUAUAUCUACGGUGUGCUUCUUCGGUAUCUAAGGGUCUCGCUUGAGGACCCGCGGAGGAGGAUAGCGGAUACGACCUUCGCCACUGCGCUGCUACUCGCUGUUUAUGAGGUCCUAGAUGGGCGUACUCCGGAUGGAUGGUUGGUUCAUAUGACGGGUAUUAAAGGGUUGCUGCGGCUUCGGGGCCCUGCUGCGCAUUAUAGGGGCAUUGGGAGGACGCUUUUUCUGGCUUGUCGGGGGUUUUUUAUUGCUGAGGCUUUUGCUAAUCAGGAGGAGUGUAUUCUUGCUGAGCCUGACUGGGUUAAUGUCAGUGCGAGGGCGUUUGAAAGGGAAGAGAGGGCUGGGAGGGGGAGUACCCUAGUUAGCAUCAUCGACCAGGCGUAUAGGGAAGCCGUUCUUGUCCCGGGGCUUGUAGCUCAGGCGCGUUCAAUUCGGCUGGACGAUGGUGUUCGCGAGUCUGAAUCCAAGGCGGCUCUAUGUACCCAGAUAAAGCACGUCCAAGGAGCUCUUCAGACACUGACACGCCAACUGAAUCGGAUUUCCAGCCGGGAGGAGGCAAAGACAGGAGGGCCAGGACGAGCAAGGGAGGGCUUUAUUGACUCGAGAUAUACAGCUUCGAUUGCGCGGUAUAACCUCCAAGGGCUGUGUGCUAUUGAAGCGCUGCUCGAUCAGGUGCUCCCCAUGUUGGAUGCUGCAAAACCGCCAACGAAGCAGGAUAUAUGCAGCAGACCCGUUUCGACGUCUCCGAGUCUUCGCCGUCAAGUCCCGGCUGGGGCUGCACAAGCAGAAACAGACUCCAGCCUGCUAGAGCGUGGGAACCUGGACGAUAUGUUUCUCUCCAUGGGUGCGAUGGCUAUUUGCAUGGAUAGGUAAUACACUUUCUCAGUAGCCUUUUGAACAGAAUCAUAUUGGCGCCAAGGCUGCCUUUCGAUGCCCAGGCUGUUUUGUAUUGGACGGUUGUACUGGCCCCAGCCCCAACACGAGAACUCACGACACAGCGGGAUAUGAUUCGCCCGAGCGGUAUUGGCAGCAAGCUCUCGGACUUGCUGCUGUUAGGACAGAGGGUUCAUAGAAGUAGAUAAAUACCAGUCUGGCCAGGCAACUUUG